UUGAAGACAGUCCAUUUUUAAGUGGCAAGAAGAACCCUCACCUCCAGAACCACGGAAGCAAUUGUGCUUUCAGGAUGAUUUCAUUCUCGCAAGCAGCUUAUUUCCUUUGCUUAUUUGCUACGGUGUCCUGUGAAUGCAUGACUCAGCUAUAUAAAAACACGUUCUUCCGAGGCGGGGACGUCACCUCCAUGUACAGCCCGAGUGCCCAGCACUGCCAGAUGUUGUGCACAUUCCACCCGACGUGUUUGCUCUUCAGUUUCCUUCCUGCAAGUUCAACUAAUGAUGCUGAGAAAAGGUUUGGUUGCUUCUUGAAAGACAGUAUUACAGGAACCCUGCCAAGAAUGCCAAAGGCAAAUGCCAUUUCUGGACAUUCCUUAAAGCAAUGUGGCCAUCAAAUAAGUGCUUGCCAACAAGAAAUUUAUAAAGGAAUUGAUAUGAGAGGAGUCAAUUUUAAUGUAUCUAAUGUUAAAAGUGUUGAAGAAUGCCAAAAAAGGUGCACCAAUAGCAUUCACUGCCAGUUUUUCACAUAUGCCACGCCAAUGUUUCACAAUACAGAGUCCCGGAACAAAUGCCUAUUAAAGCACAGCCUGGGAGGAACACCCACCAGUAUAAAGACGCUGGACAAUGUGGUAUCUGGAUUCUCACUGAAGCCCUGUGCGCGUUCAGAAUUAGGUUGCCACAUGGACAUUUUCCAACAUCGUGCAUUUUCAGAUACGAAUGUUGCCAGAGUGAUCACUCCAGACUCUCACGUAUGUCGAACAAUUUGCACCUAUCAUCCCAACUGUCUCUUUUUUACCUUCUAUAGGAAUACAUGGAACAUAGAAUCACAAAGAAAUGUUUGUUUCCUUAAGACUUCCAAAAGUGGGACUCCAACUUCCCCUAUUCCCCAGGAAAACACUGAAUCUGGAUAUAGCCUUUUAACCUGCAAACGAACUUUUCCUGUACCCUGCCAUUCCAAAAUUUACCCUGGAGUUGAUUUUGAGGGAGAAGAAUUGAAUGUGACCUUGGUUAAAGGAGUUGAGGCUUGCCAAGAAAUUUGUACAAAGGUCAUCCGCUGUCAGUUUUUUACUUAUUCUUUAUUCCCAGAAGACUGUCAAGGAGAGAAAUGUAAGUGUUCCUUAAAAUUAUCGUUGGAUGGCUCCCCAACUAGGAUUACAUAUGGUUCACAAGGCAGCUCUGGCUAUUCUUUGAGGUUGUGCAAAAUUGAGGAAGGCUCUGUUUGCUCAACAAAGACAGACACGCGCAUUGUUGGAGGUAGUGACUCUUCUUGGGGAGAGUGGCCUUGGCAGGUCAGCCUGCAAGUGAAACUGCACACUCAGAGCCAUCUGUGUGGAGGAUCAAUCAUUGGACGCCAGUGGGUCCUAACUGCUGCCCAUUGCUUUGAUGGGUAUCUCUGGCCGAAUGUUUGGCGCAUUUAUGGUGGCCUUUUAAAUCUGUCAGAGAUAACUAAAGAAACAGCUUUCUCAAGAAUAAAAGAGAUUAUUAUUCACCAGCAAUAUACAGUCUCAGAAGGUGGUAAUGAUAUUGCCUUAAUAAAACUUGAGGCACCUUUGAAUUACACUGAAUCCCAAAAACCAAUAUGUCUCCCUUCCAAAGGUGAUAUAAAUACAAUUUAUACCAACUGUUGGAUAACUGGAUGGGGCUACACAAAAGAAAAUGGUACAAUUCAAAAUAUUCUACAAAAGGCAAACAUUCCUUUGGUACCAAAUGAAGAAUGCCAGACAAAAUAUACAAAGUAUGAAAUAACCAAACGGAUGAUUUGUGCUGGCUAUAAAGAAGGGGGGACAGAUGCGUGCAAGGGAGAUUCAGGCGGUCCCCUAGUUUGUAAACACAAUGAAAUCUGGCAGCUUGUGGGCAUCACCAGUUGGGGUGAAGGCUGUGCCCGCAGGGAAAAACCAGGCGUCUAUACCAAAAUUGCUGAGUAUGUGGACUGGAUUUUAGAGAAAACCCAGGAUGGUGAUGGACACCCUUUGCUGGAGUCACCAGCAUGAAGAGGCUGCAUCGUGGUGGUGAAGAACCCAAUUUUAGGGCCCAAAUAUUGAGCCUGGGUGCCCUCAAAUGUAAAACAAAGAGAGUGGUAUCUACCUCACAUCUUUGUUGUAGGGAUAAGAAGAAACAACACAUACAAAGGUGCGGAGGGCAAUGUCUAGAUUUUCAGCCUCCAAACGCAGGGAGCUGAGAAUGGGAGACGACAGUUGAAAAUCUUCUCCACAAUUGUUCAUUGUGAAUAAAAUGUCAAAAUAACAUGA